GCUUCUUCCUUGCUGAGAUACCUUUCAGGUUAUGUCGAUAUAGGACUUGUUUUACUGUAAAUAUAUAUACUUUUUUACCUGUUUCAUCCAGCAUCUUCACAAGGUCCUUUGCUGUUGUUUUGGGAUUGAUUUGCACUUUUCGCACCAAAGUACGUUUAUUUCUAGGAGACAGAACCCGUCUCCUUCCUGAGCGGUAUGACGGCUGCAUGGUCCCAUGGUGUUUAUACUUGUGUACUAUUGUUUGUACAGACGAACGUGGUACCUUCAGGCGUUUGGAAAUUGCUCCGAAGGAUGAAUCAGACUUGUGGAGGUCUACAAUAAAAUGUUACUCAUGUCCAAGUUCGAUAUAUGAUACAGAGGUCUUAGCUGAUUUCUUUUGAUUUUCCCAUGAUGUCAAGCAAAGAGGCACUGCGUUUGAAGGUAGGCCUUGAAAUACAUCCACAGGUACACCACCAAUUGACUAAAAUUAUGUCAAUUAGCCUAUCAGAAGCUUUUAAAGCCAUUGUCAGGACCCGGUGUGAGAAAGUCACUAAUAAUCGGCAGAACCCAGAAGAUGAGGCAGACACAGCAGUACUAGAGACGGUGGUUUAAUCAAAGGAAAGAUCUUCCGGCAAAAAUAUAAAUCCACAACGUCCAAAACAAAAGCCAAGAGACAAAAAUAGAUAUCUUCCAAAAUACAAAGAAAAUCCACAAAGUGGUAAGAACAGCAAGGGAAAAAACAAACCUCAAAAGACUAAUCCAAAAUAAACAAGAACAAUACCAGAGAACCUCUGGAAACUCCAACAAGAGAAAAAGUUUAACAGCAGGGCUGGGGCUGGGUGCUAACGAACAAACACUGAGCAAAGAACUGAGGAACACACAGGGUUUAAAUACUAACAAGGGAACGACAUACAGGUGCAAACAAUAAUUAGAGCAAGGAAAAAACAAAAGGUUCAAAAAAGGUGCAAUGGGGACAUCUAGUGACCAAAAACCAGAACAGUCCUGGCCAAAACCUGACAGCCAUGACAUAAUUUUCUGGAUUUUCCAAGCUGUUUAAAGGCACAGUCAACUUAGUGUAUGUAAUCUUCUGACCCACUGGAAUUGUGAUAAUGAAAUAAUCUGUCUGUAAACAAUUGUUAGAAAAAUUACUUGUGUCAUGCAUAAAGUAGAUGUCCUAACCAACUUGCCAAAACUAUAGCUUGUUAACAAGAAAUGUGUGGAGUGGUUGAAAAACGAGUUUUAAUGACUCCAACCUAAGUGUAUGUUAACUUCCGAUUUCAACUAUAUCUAUCUCUCUUUGACUUCCCAAAGUGUUAAAAAAUAACGAUUGGGGUACAUUUAUUUAUGUGUUCAAAUUGUACAUAUUUCUGUUUGCUAUCUAAAUCCUGUUAACUACAUGACUAUGAUGCAAUAAAGAAAAGAUGGAACAUCAGAAUUGCAUUUCACGCUACAUCACUUAUGACAUCACAAAUGAGUUAGUUCCGGGAAUUUAAGUACAUGACAGCUGUUCAUUCACCUGUCAUUCUGUGUUCUUGAGCUAGCUUCAAUACGUGUGAAUUAGGUCCAAAAUCUCCAAAAUGAAUUCUUUGUAUGUUGGUGACCUCCACCAAAAUGUCACCGAGGCAGACCUAAACGAGAUGUUUAGUGAGGCUGGACCAAUCUUUUCUGUCCGUGUAUGUAGGGAUCGGCAUACACAUCGUUCCCUCGGGUACGCCUACGUUAACUUUUAUCAGCAAGACGAUGCUGAGCGUGCCCUGCUCAUGUUCAGCAAUGAUAUGCUCGAAGGAAGAUAUCUACGCAUCAUGAGGUCUGAUCCUGACUGUACCCUGAGGAAGAGUGGGGUGGGAAACAUCUUCAUCAAGAACUUGAACAAGAAGUCGAUAACAAACAAAAACCUGUACGAGACCUUCUCAGCAUUUGGAGACAUCUACUCUAGCAAGGUAGUUUGUGACGAGAAUGGCCAUUCCAAGGGUUAUGGUUAUAUUCAAUACAAGACCCAGGAGGCUGCUGAUAGAGCCAUCGAGAAAUUAAAUGGCAUGUUAAUGGAUAACGAAAAAGUGUUUAUCGAGCGCUUUAAGUCACGUAAAGAGCGAGAGGAGGUGCUUGGAGCCAAGGCCAGAGAGUUCAACAACGUGUUUGUCAAGAACCUUGGCAGAGACACGAACGAUGAGAAACUAAUUGAGCUUUUUGGAAAAUAUGGACCAACCGUUAGUGUCAAGGUUAUGAAAGACGAUAGCGGGAAGUCGAGUGGGUUCGGUUUUGUUUGCUUCGAGAGGCAUGAGGAUGCACAGAGAGCCGUGAACGAGAUGAACAGGAAGGAGCUAAACGGGAGACUGAUAUAUGUAGGCCGCGCCCAGAAGAAAGCAGAGCGCCAGGCGUUGCUGAAACUCAAGUUUGGGCAGAAGAAGCCUGAGCCCAAGGCCAAAUACAGAGGUAUAAAUCUCUUUGUAAAGAACCUGGAUGAUGCCUUUGAUGAUCCUCGUUUAAGGAAGGCGUUUUCUGCAUUCGGAACAAUCAUCAGCGCCAAGGUGAUGACGGAGAGCGGCCGCAGCAAAGGCUUUGGCUUUGUUUCCCUCUCAUCCCCCGAGGAGGCCACCAAGGCUGUGACGGAGAUGAAUGGCCGUAUUGUGGGAACCAAGCCACUUUACGUGGCCCUGGCUCAGAGCAAGGAACAGCGCCGACAAUACCUGGCAGAGAGGUACAAGCAGAGGAUGGUCAGUGUCAUGGCAGUGCCUAACCCCAUCAUCAACUCCUGCCAGCCUCCUAUCCCACAGGUAAAUCCAAACAAGAGUCCAUGCAGAAAAUCAUAUAUCCAACUUGGACAUGAGUAAUGAACAUUUUAUUGAGAAAUGCUAACUUCGAAUUCCAUAUAGCCUUUUACUUCAAUGUGUACAUUCCACAGGCCCAGUCCCAUGCAGCUGCCUACUACUUCAGCAACCAACUGGCUCAGCUGAGUUCCAGCCCUGGCAUGAUGUCCGUUCAGCGGAUAGCAACUCAGGCCUUGGGCCAGCGCCCACAUCAUCCUGCCAGUGCAGAUGCAGCCACUGCCAUGAUCAAGCCUCAGUACAAGUAUAUGUGAUACAAUUAAAUGUGCCUUAAAUAAAUACAUAAGUACAGUACCAUAAAGUGUACCAGCAAUCAAUAUGCUCAUCAUUCAUAG